UACUCACAGUAUUUUUAAUAUUUUAAGCAAAAUGGUUGAUGCGAAAUCCUUGUGUCACUUGACAAUUUUAUUGCUGUCAUUCUGUUUUAUGGUGGUUAAAUGCAGUUUAGAGCCCACAGAUCAAUUUAUUGAUAAUCCCACAGAUACAAAACAAGAUGCGUUAACAUUGCACAAACGACCAUCAUUCUUUGUUGGCAGUCGUUAUGGCAGAUCUGGUUCAUCUUCAUCGUCAGGUUCAUCAUUGUAUGCCACCUCAAAGACACGUCGCUUAAAUGUUGUACCACGCAACGAUAGAUUUUUCUUGAGUUCACGUUACGGCAAAAGAGCGGAAAUCUCAACCGGUACACAAUUGAGCAAUAAGCCCAUACCACAACAACAGCAACAACAACAACAGCAGCAGCAACAACAACAGUUAGAUGAUGUGUUACAGCAACAAUCAUCAUCCCUACCACCCUACGCCUACAUGUCAUGCGUUUAUACCGGAUUACAAAAUUAUUACCGUUGUAACAGCAUUAAUUCAAUGUUUUAUUUUAAAAAUGCUGGAAUUAACGAUGACGAAAAUGAAGUACUCUCCACUGAUGCUACUGGUGCUGCUCUGCUUACUGACGACAAUGAUGAUGACGAUAAUGAUGUUGAUGAUGACGAUAAAAAGUAAAGAUUAUAUUUUACAACAACUACAAACAGAUACACAUAUACAUAAAUAUAAAUACAAAUACAA